UGCACGGCAAACGCUUUGUCUGAGAGGAAGUGACAUCACAGCACCAACAUCUGAAAACUGAAAACAGAUGAGGACACCUAACCUAUUUCAGACCUGCUGCUUGGACCCGUUUCAGCCUCUGCUGUGGCACAACAUAUGGGGAGAAACAAGCAGCUGACGGCCUUUUGGACGACACCGUGAACGCUAUGUCUGCCGGACACAAAGAGGCUGCACGCGCCACUGCAAGACAGAGUGGGCCUGUUUUUUUCUCAAACCCUUUGAUGAGCGAUGCUGAAUCCGACUGGUCCCCGAUUCAUGAUGCAGCCUUUAACGGACGGGUCCUCACCCUGCAGAGGCUCAUCGCUCAGGGUGCAUGUGUAAAUCUGAGCACGCUGGACAAGGUGUCCCCCCUCCAUGGAGCGUGCACGCAAGGCCAAGCGGCUUGUGCCAAACUCCUCAUCGAAAAUGGGGCCAAUGUGAACAGUUCGACUGUGGACGGGCAGACUGCCUUGACAGAAGCUUGCGCCCGAGGCGACGUGACUUGUGUAUCUCUGCUUCUUCGACAUGGAGCGACUUCCCUGGGGACCAGCCUGAACAGCUCUCCAAUCCACAAGGCUGCAGCCAAAGGUCACCCUGAGUGCAUCGAACCUCUAGUUGAGCACGGCGCGGAUGUGGAUCAGCAUAUCGACGGAUUGGGAUCCCCUCUCCACGUUGCCUGCGCCAACCAGCAUCUGAGCACUGUGAGAAAACUGCUUCAGCUUGGUGCUUGCGUGAACAGGAGCGAGUCGGGCGACCCUCCCCUGCACAUCGCCGCUCGCCUGUCCAGCCCCGAGCUGGUGUCCCUCCUGCUCGACCACGGGGCCGACCGCUUCCUCAAGAACUCGGAGGGCAAACAGCCACUGGACCUCGCGCGUCCCGGCAGCCCGGCCGAAAGUCUGCUGAGACAAGCGGGAGGAGUGUCUCCUCUAAUGCAGCUGUGCCGCUUGCGGAUCAGGAGAAGUGUGGGCAAGCAGAGGCUGGGGGGGAUUCGUGACCUCCUCCUCCCCUCAGACCUGAUACAGUAUCUUCUCUACAAAUAAGAGCCGAGGGGAGAUUUAUUAAUGCAACGUUACAACCUCAGAUCCUGGGCAUUAUAGCUUUCGGUCAACAGGGGGCAGACUUGUAUAACCUAGGAAAAUAAUUAACUGUGACUCCCGUUUACUACAGGCCUGCAGACAGAUACACCUAUUUUAAGUGAGAGUGAUAGAAGAAUAUUAUUAUGUUUAUGCAUUGACACUACUGAAUAUUAUUUCGCUGUGAUAAGCAGCUCGUAUUUGUGGCAUUUUUUCACUCAGACGUUAUUUACUGUGAGCAAUUAUCAUGUUUAAGUCGUACAACUGAACUACAGUGUCUUGAAUCGUUUGAUUGUUAAUGGCUGUUACAGUUUCAAUCACUGUCAUUUCUUUUUCCGGACAAAGUGUAAGAGUUUUAUCUGUUAAGAAAACCUUUUUGUUUUUCCCUUCUGGUUUUUGUUUUUAUCACUUUUUGUUUCAGCUGUUUGUAAUUUUGUGAAAUAUCAUUAUCCUUAUUAAAUACACACAAUUAGUUCUGUCUGGUGUGUAAUGUGUGGCUGUUUAAGACACAAAAAUAUCUGAUGUGCGAAUGACCCUGUUUGUAAAACUCACUCUUUAUUAAAAGAAACAGCAACCAGACAGGAAGCAAAAAAACAAAAACACAACAUGAUGAUAUUAAAAAUUAACAAUAUUUGAACAUAUUUUAACCCAGUUACACUUUCAAAGGAUUCUGGUUCAGUUCCUCCCUGGGGGCUUUGCAGAUCUUAAAGUGAAGGAUCUGGACUUUCUAAUGUUGUCUUGGUGCCCUUUCACUCACA